GCCCCACGCAUCAUCAUGAUAUUGAUACUAUCAGCCUAUCAUAUCAGUCAUUCAUGCUCCUUCACCAGGACCAGACGCGAAAAUGAUGACAGUAACACUCUGCUCAACCUCAACUUCAUCAUCUUCCCCAAAUUUUCCUCCAAAUCCAAAACUCCCCAAUUCUCUCUCCAAUACUCCCACGAAUGCCACCAUUUCUCGAAGACAAACCUCUCUUCUCCUCUCAAUCACCCCUUUUCUUCUCCAAUCACCACCUCCUGCAGUUGCAUUCAACCUUGGAAUUUGUGGAUUUUUGCAGCUGGACCUAAAGAUUGGUUGAGAGAGCAGAAAAAGAAGUCGAUUAAGUAUCUUUUAGCCCCAAUUGAUGCUUCCCAAGAAAUUCUUCGCUAUGCUUAUCAAUUGCUAAUGGCGAAGGAUGUUAAUUAUGAGCAGAAGGAUUUGGAGGAAAUUCAAGGGAUGUUAAAAUCUGCUGCUAGGGAUUGUGUUGCUGAGGAUAGGAAUUCUUUGGUAGCAUUUCAAGCUAAAACUGGUGUUGAGGUUUGCACGUUUAAAUUAGUUGUGACUAAUGCAUCAUCAUUACUUGACGAUGGUGACUCUGCCAAAUUUGAAGCUGAAGCCAGGCUAAGUGAUCUUAUUAGAUCAUUCACAUUUCUGAAUGGUGUGGCCAAGGAAGCAGAUUUUCAACUUGUCUCAGAUAGCAGACAAAAGGUUGCAAAUGCUGUCAUGGAUUCGUUGUCGUCUCUCAACAAUUUUGAACAAGGUAUCAAAGGAUGCAUUGACAUUUGACUUCCAACUGGAUAACCAUGGGUUGUUUCGUCAUGGAGAAUCUUGUAUGUAUUUAGGAGUUAAUGGAUGUGAAACAAUAUACUUUUCUCUGGGAGUGACCCAAUCUUUUUAAAGCUUAAACCUUAAUAUCUUGUCAAAUAUAGGUUUUUUCCCUUCACUAAUCACUAUUGAUACAAAUUUAUGCACCUGCUCUUUUUAGAGUCAUUACCAUGUUGGUUCCUUUUUCCUAAAUUGCAAUAGAGAAAAAAAAGCUUAAAUUUAAUUUAUUGAAUUACUGGCAAAUGUUGAUGGGUAAUUCUGAAACUGUGAAUUGACAUCCAAUGGUUUUGGACAAGUGAUCAAAUCAGGGUCCUACUCGAGUCUAUCUGAAGAUGUAUUUGAAUUCUUGCAGCUGUGAGCUUUGAUUUUGUAGCCUUGAUUAAUCAUGCCCAUGUUGGUCAUACUAGCUGCCCUAAAUUUGUAUUUUUCUGUCCCUCAUUGUUAUAAUGCAUUUUUGGGAGAUUUAUAUUUUUUUAAUCUUGAUGUAUUUGACUCGUUUAUGUUAUUUUGAAAUUUUGAUUGAUAAUUCAUAUUUAACUUUUGACCCCAAAGAUUGGACCAAGUACGGAUAUAUAAUAUGAAGUACUUUAAAAGCCUUUUUUUUAUUUUUUAUUUUUUUGGUUCUUUGUAUAGGGAUGUGGGUAUAGAGAUAAAGGAGGACUACAUUACUUGUGUCUAGAAUGUUAAGAUCAUAUAGGUUCUUCAUUUUCCUUUCAGUUAUUCAUAAUGGGCUAGCAGCAUCAAUAGUUUCAGUUAUAAUUGUUUUCCAAGAUGCUCUUUGUUGCUUGUGAUGAAACUGAGAUCAUCCUAAUGCGAAGGAACUUUUUUUAUAGCGAGUUGUUACAAAUUUCAUCGUUAGAUCAUCAUUUUGUUUUUUUUUUCCCCUCCCUUCCCCUUUUGUUCCUGUCCAUGGGUCCAUUCUCUUUGUCAUUUAUCAUUAGCCUUGUUUAGAUUAAGCUUUGUUUAACUUAAAGUAAAAUAUGUGCUUCUUGUCUUGCACAGAACAAAAAUAAGGCUGGUUUGCUGCAAUUUCAAAUAUUUUUUCAUUGUAUAUUCAGUGCUGCACUUGGAAAGAAAAGGGACCAACAAAAUUUUGCUCCCCCUCUUAAAGGUUUCAAAUUUCAAGUUGUGAUGUUUUUGUUUAGUGUCAAGUUUUAGCUUGUGACUUCUGCUUAAAUGAGGUAUCCUUAGCUCUCUUUUCGUAUAAGAGUGUUGUUGUGCUGACCUCUCGGUGAGUUGGUGCUUUAUUAUAAAACCCUUUAUUACUUUCCCCCCCCCCCCCCCC